AUGACCACGCUGCACUCCCUCGAAAUACGUGGAAUCAGGUGCUUCUCACCGAAUGCAACGCAAUCCAUCCGCUUUGAGAAGCCGCUGACGCUUAUAGUUGGACACAAUGGAGCAGGCAAAACGACAAUCGUUGAGUGCCUCAAAAUGGCUGCAAGUGGGAUACUCCCGCCAAACUCGGACCGAGGGAAAUCGUUCGUCCAUGAUAGCAAGCUUUCAGAUGAGCGAGAGGUCAGGGCGCAGAUCACGCUUAACUUCGAGACUCCAUCUAAGGAAAUAGUCUGCGCUACGAGAAAUUACAUUACCACCAGGGACAAGAAUAUCCCCAAUAAGUCAACAUUCAAGGCUGGUGAGACCAUUUUGCGAGUAAAACCGCCAGUUGGGGAGGAGUCAAGAGUCAGUAUGAAGUGCUCAGACAUGGAUCAAUCCAUGCCCUCACUGAUGGGACUCUCACGAGCCUUUAUAGACAGUGUUAUUUUCUGCCACCAAGAUGAGAAUAAUUGGGCGCUUGACGACUUGGCCAAAGUGAAGGCCAGAUUUGACGACCUACUGGAAACAUCACGAUACACCAAGGCAAUUUCUGCUCUCAACAAAGCAAAGAAAGAGCAAGAGGAAGCUAUUAGGCUUAAUGCUGCCAAAUUGGAGGCUACGAAAAACCAAAUCAUACAGAUUGCUGAUAUUAAAAAGCAGCUUAACUCAAACGUAGAAGAUGUCGCCAAGGCCAACGCCAAUAUCGCAACUCUGGAAAAGGAUUUGAUAAGAUUUAAUGAGACCUGCAAGGCGCUGAGGGCAGAGCACGAAGCAGUGUCGGCCACGUUCGCAGCUCUCAGGGAAACUAACUCAAACGUUGAAAGGCUUUCCGAAGAAAUUAAAACGAUGCAUCAAAACAUGAGCGAAAUAUACGAGGAGGGACUGGAUGACAUGCACCACUAUCACCUCACACUCACAAAUGAAUUGGAGGCUGCUGAAGCCAUGCACGAUGAAGUGACACGCACCAUCGAUCAGCUGAUGGAACGGAUGAAUACUCUGCACCAAAAAAUUAAUCUCAGUAAAAACAAGUUAACAAAUCGCGCCUUGCUUGAGGAGAACGUUAAAGUGACGGCCGAAGCGAAAACGUCCGUCAUCAUCGAAAUCAAGAAGGAAAUGGCACUUGAUGGUGACACCGAGUUCAACGAGGAAAGCGUUAUGUUUUUCAUUGAACAACUUGAUAGCAUGAAUAACGACGAUGAUCCCAUCAAUAAGGUUUUCAAACAGUGCAAGGAAGACAUCACUGAAUUGGCGAGUAAAAUCCGGGAUCUCAACGAGAUGGAGGCCAAGCAGAGCUUGACCACCAAUGUUCAUGCUGACGAACUGGCCGAAAUCAAAAAAAAAAUAAUUUCAGCUGAACAGAUGCGUGCAACGCUGAAGCAACGGGAGGCCAUGAAACAAGGCUUAUGCCUACAAGUUGAGCAACAUCAACAGCAUUUUAAAAAUCUUGUUGAUGAAAGGGACAAGCUAAAGAUUAUGGCUUCUAAGCUCAAAAACGCGAUAUCAGGCACGACUAUUGAGGAUGAAAAUGAUUUGAGGGCUGCUGUGAAUUUCUUGGAAGCCGUUAUUAAAAACGACCGGCAACUUAUCCUCACGUAUGUUAGGAAAAACAUAAGCAAGGACAUAGACGAUUCUAACUUCUCGGAAGCACUUAGAGACAUCUUCAGCAAAUACUUGAAAGGGGCAAAACAGGUUCCAGGUGCACCUUCUAAUGCUCUGGAGGACCCGCAGCAAUUCCAGCAGGACUGUGUCACUGCCAUUAUCCAAAUGAUAACCAAUGUGGAAGGCGGUGAUUUGUGCAUGGGAGACGAAGUCAAGACGUGUUCCGCUAACCUAGAGCCGUAUAAUCCCUUACUGAAGCUCGUAACCAAUCUACGUAUAUCCGAAUACAUAGCAUACUACAAUGGCCUGCUAAAUAAAAAUUCGGAAGUGUGCUCAGCGGAAGACGUUACAUACGAGGAAGUAAGGAAUAAGCUUGGCGCAAAGGAGGUCGAGAUAACGCAAGUCGAAUCUGUUUUACAAGGCACCAAAUCAUCACUGGUAGAACUAGAAGCCGAAUGCCAGCAGCUUGCAGCGGGCAUUGGCGAACUGAAAGAGUUGAAAUCAAAACUUGCGGAGAUGCAGGCAGAUCAAAAAAAAUACAACGCAGAACUGCGAUCCAUUAGGAGCGCCUUAGAAAAAUCAAACGCGCAACUUAUUGACAAGCAACAAGAAUUAGACGAUGCCAGCAGGAAGAUAUCCGCCGCCAACACGGCGAAUGCGGUCAAAGCGGCUAAACUUACAGGGCUGCUGGAGCGCUACAGAGAGUAUAACAUUAAACUGGAGCAAUUAUGGAAGGAAAUCGAAAAGUUGAGCGAAGAUGAUCAGCCAGACGACGGUCUUCAAGUCGAAUUGAAUGGUUUGACAGAGAACAUCAACCGUAGUCGCGUGGAGCAAAGGGACCUCAUGAACACGUUAACGAACCAUCGCCAACUGCUUGAAAAGCUACAACAAAACAUAACCCUCAAGUUAAAACAAAAUCAACUCGACGAACAGAAACAACGCCUUGAUGCAAUACAGCAAAAACUAGGGGCUACCAAGGAGGAUGAAAUUGCAAAGAAGAUCAAGCAGACCAGCGAACAAUGCACUAAGGUCAGUCUUGACAUCGCAACCCUCAGGGGAACCGUUAUCACAAGAGAAGAUAACAUCUCCAAAUUGAAAAGAAUGCUCGAUUCCCCCGCUUUUAAGAAUGCGCACAAGCAUUAUUCUGAUGCGCUUCUUGCGUUUAAGUCACAUCAAUUGGCGAAGGACGACCUUGAACUCUAUACGAAGACACUCGAAUUGGAAUUGCAUAAGUUCCACUCUGACAAGAUCGCGCAAAUAAACGUCGUCCUCAAGCGUGUCUGGAGGGAGGUCUAUACGGGUACUAAUAUUGACUACAUCGAGAUACAAUCGAACGAUGACACGACGGUUGCAAGCACAGGAAUGGUGAUGGUCACGCAUAGUGGAGUUGAGAUGGACAUGCGAGGCCACUGCUCCGCCGGCGAACGCGUCUUGGCGUCUCUGAUUUUGCGUAUCACGCUGACAGAGUCGUUUUGCUACAAUUGCAAUAUUCUAGCUUUGGACGAGCCCACCACGAAUCUCGACAAGGAUAACAUUGUGAGUCUAGAAACGUCACUGGCGAAGAUAGUCAGCGAAUCCUCCAUUGAUUUCCAACUCAUUAUUAUUACGCAUGACGAACCAUUUGCAAGGAAGAUGGCGUUAAGAUGUAACUGUGAUAAGUACUACAAAAUAACCAAGAAUGAUAAAAACGAGUCCGUCAUCAAUGCAGUGCCAUUCGGGUCUGGUUUCACGAGUUGA